AGGACUCGGGCGGGGGGCGGGCGCGCCCCCCCCGCAUUCCCAUGUCAUUGGCGCAGCGACGCUCGCUCAGGCUGUUGGACGAGGAUGCGGAUGGUAACGAGGGCAUGGAUGACAAUGUCCUCGCCACGUCCGCGAGGGGGGCCGCGGACGAUCCGGGAUGACGGCUGCUGCCUGUGCUUCCAGUGCUUCGCCAGGCUCCUCCGCGGGAGGGACGCGAUCAAGACCGCGGCGAGCAGGAGGAAGAGCUUGCGCACCGUGGAGGAUAAGGAAGAGUGGGACUUUUCCAUGCAGCAGGCAGUCACUCACGAGCUGCUGCGCAUCCUGCGGCAGGAGGGACAACUCCCGACGGACGGGUUGUUGACCAAGUCGGCCGUGUUUGG